CUUAACUUAGUCCACACAAAAAGCAAAGCUUCAGCUCCAAAACAAAAAAAAAUGGCGAUGAUGAAGAUGCCAAACGAAUACGCAAAGCUAGAGAAAGAAGAUCCUAGUGAGAUGAUCCACAGGAGAGCUCAGUUUCUGAUCCAAAAGAUUCUCCAACGAGCCGACACAGAGACAUUAAGACGGCAACAGAAGAGAAGUAUAUUGAUCAGAACGUCUUCGUUUAGAGUGGUGGGAAUGAGAGUGAAGAUUGGUAAGAAGCUUAGGAAGCUACGGAAGAGUUGUGUAGUGGCGAAUAAAUAUAGUGAUCUUAUGCCACGUUUCCUUAAAUCUCUUAGGCGUUAUUUCUUAUGUUCAUCUUCUCGGAACGUCUCUGAUCUUCCUCCUCUCUUUGCCAUCCACGUUUGAAUGUUUUUAUCAGGACUAUAUUUUAUUUUUCCUAUCAUACCAUGUCAUAUAUAUAUUGAAUAAAACCUCAUCAGUGGUGUCUUAUCACUUUUUCUCUGGGGUCAUAACUAUAUGAAUCGUGUGGAUUCUAUAAAAGUUUACAGACAGAAUUAUUAUCAAAUAUAAGGAUCUUGAUUGUCAUAUUGUGACAUGGUUUAGUAGUUUAACCUACGAAUAUGAGUUAUAAACUUAAUGGUCCAUAAAGAUCCAAUCGGUUUUGUACACAAAUUAAAAUUUAAUUGGAUAACUAUUUAACUUAGAUAUUUUUCUCGGUCACUCGUAUAUUUUCUAACUAUAUUCCUUGAGUCGGAGACUAACCUACUCUUCAAUCUCUUGCACAAUUUAGACUACUACAAUCCAUAUAAAUUAGUUGUGGGAGAUUAAUAUAAGCUAUAUCAUUGACUAGACCACCAAAAUAUAGCACUUGGAAUGUUUUCAUACAUAUAUGUGUGUACUAACCAAGCAAUGGCAAGAGUCUCACGACAGAAAUACAUAUGACUUUAUGAGAAAGGGAAAAUGGUUGUGUGAAAUACUAGUGAACAUGGCCCCAAUACAUUGAACAUUUCCUCUAAAUUAAUUAAAGUCGGUGAUGCUUUAUCGCUUUACGAAGCGCUUUAUUUCGUCCCGUUGACUAAUUUUAUUUUUGAUUGCGUAGAAAGUUGACUAGAGUAUACUAUAGCUUCAUUAUGAAAUGCAUAUUUAGUUAGUACAAUCAUUAAUUAGAUCUCUGACCAUCGCUGUUGGUAUUAAUAGUCACUCACAAUUUGUCUUGGGAUCCGCUUAACUGCGUUGUGACAACAGCAAAAAACGAAUGCAAUUUGUAACUGCGUUUGUCUACUAGCUUCAGGCAUUUAGGUCUGACAGAAAAGGCGAUCCGCACGAUCGCCAACACAAUUGUCUCCUUGAUGGAAUACUGUUUUUGUAGAUAACCAAACUAGUACAUUACUGAACUAGAUCAGAAUCCAAACCAAUUAAUCAAGAUUAAUCAUAAAUUUAAAGUAAGAGAAACCGUAUAACUAUCUAGGAGGCAUUAUGUGUUUGUUUAGACUUUUGGGGUAUUUGUUGAGAUCCCACAUCACAAAUUUAAAAGAACAAAACUAAGAUAUAAAAGGAUAAGUUCAAUUCAUCUUCGCCAAUUAGUUUUAAUUUGUAAGUUUAUGAUAAAAUCAAAUUUGAUAUGAUAUCAAAACUUAGUUUGUUGAUUCAAAUAAAAUAGACCUAAAGGAUUAAUAUAAAUCCUAAAGUGAGAUUCAGUUUGAGAUGUGGAGAUAAGAAUCAUUAUCUCGAAAGAACGUAUUGAGAUUUCACAUCGAAAAUUAAAAGGGAACAACACUAGUUUAUAAAAAAAAUUGACAUGGUAUCAAAGUUUCGUUUGUUGAUCGGUUAAGCCCCAAAAUUACCAGUCUUAAAAUAAGAUUUGGUUCGAGAU